UGAAGAUUUCCGAUUGCGGUUUUGACAUUUUCUUUAAUUGGAUUAACACGUGCGUUAAUUAAUUAUGAACAGAGAAAAUUCUUGUGCACUCGAUCUCCAUACCAAAUGCAUGCCCAAUGCCCAUGCACAAGGGGUAUUGGAUAAUCAAGGUCUAUAGUUCAGUGCAAUAUAGCAGAGUAUCCGGGAAAAACUAUUGCAGUCACAUCUAAAAAAGCCAGUGUUAGAAAAUUAUCCUAAACUGUACGUAGAAAAACAAAAGUGUCCAAGUUAUGUGGAAAUGUAUGCAAAAUAUAAUAAAGAUAUCGUUUUGGCGUAUGCACGAACUAAACAGUCAACCUAUACUGCAAGCGAUACACAUGCAAGAAAUAACAAAAACGAACAAGAGGAGUUGGAGCUCACUGGAUCACCUCUCAAACUGGACCUCAGCUUGCACACAAUCUUGGAUGACACACUAAUAUCUGAUGAACCCCAGCUGUGGAACAAAGAGGAAGUGUUACAUGGGCCAAUAAAUAUUGAAACGGCAAGGCAAAUUGCAAAUUUGUACAACAAGAACCGUCAUGAGGCCACAGAAGACACACUUCCUCUAUGGAUAGUGACAAACCCUUCAGAAAAUAAUCAUCCCUUACUACUAAUGGUGCAGCCAGAUAGAGAUCAUUUUGCGAGAGGCUUAGUGACAUAUGAAGGAGCAAUGGGAAUGGAUGAUGUUGAUGUGGAUCAAUUGUUGGAGAAUUAUGCAGAGCAAGAGAGAUUGACUAGUGAUAUGAUCAAUGUAUCGGUGGACUGCAAAUAUCUGGUAUCUGGUAUAUCCUACGGCACACACAAUACUGAAGAAUUACUGAAUGCUCCCCAUAGUGGAGUCACAGAGUUGAGAUGUGAUUGGACUGUAAAAACACUGCACACUCCAUUUAUAAGCUGCAAAGUGCAUUUUGAACAAGAAGUGAUUGUUGGCCAUCUAGCGAGUCCUUGCAAUGCUAUUUGGAAGUCCGUCUGUGCCUUACACAACAUGAAUCAACUCCUAGUCGACAUGACGGCUGCAGGAUUCGCAUCUGUUAAUCUGGAAACAGCUGCAAUAAGAAACAACAUACCAGGAACAACACAGCCCAACAACGCUAAACGGCUCAAUGAACUGUUAAAUGAAACAGAAACAUAUGCGUACACUGCAGAGUGUCCUGCAGGCGGGUGCAUCUGUAUUACAGAAGACACCACAACUUUAAACCAGUGCUUGAAUCUCAUGAACAGAUUGGGGUCCAGCAACGACUUUACUUACAAACUGUGGGAUAUAUUGAGAGAUUGUGAGACAGCUGAAGAAGUCAUCAAUUUGCUAAUACAAGCCUUGAAAUUCAUUUCUACAGGAAAAAUUCGACCUUUUAUAGACGCAAACAACAAAACAUACCUAUCCAAACUGGUCCUGAAGCUGUCUCGAGGUCACUCGCAAACUUCGAAAGUGUUGAAGAAAUUGCGCGCAAGUCCGCCACAAGCUUUGUCUCUGGUCGCUCAAGUCGGCGUGGAGAAGACAACGUGGGAGUAUACGAGAGUGAUAUCACUCUUGGAACACUCGUUCUUCAUAGCUGGGAUAUGGACUAAUGAGGCCAGGUCACACGAAUCAGUUGAACAGAUAAACCAAACGAUCCAAGACAUGACGAUGACUGGCGGUGACUUCACUCUGAAUCCAUUCGAGAGUCUCACCGGCAACGAGAACUCUAUCAGGCUUGACAGCGAGUCGUUCUACGAUGAUGAUCCUAAUGAACUAACGGUCGAUGACUUCGCUUCUCUUAAGAAACAUGGGCUGGUUGGCGAAAAGAAAGAUGCUAAUGAGAUUCCUUUAAUAACGGAUGAGAUAGACAUCAGUCCGUGGAAAAACCUUCUGAUGAGGUUCGCUCAAGUCCAUGUUUGUUUGGAGCAUUUAUAUCGCGCUGAAACGAGCCUUCGAGCUGAUUUUGUGAGUCUUAAGCCGGUCUCAACGCGUCUACUCGAACAUUACGUAUCAGAAAAGUCUCCGAUUAAAACUGUUGGUCAACUGAUGAGUGAUCCGAUGCAAAAAAUAAGCAUGUCUAUUGCGAAUAAUUUAGUUCAAGACCAUUUGAAAAAACCCGCGUUCUGGUAUCGCGUUGAAAUGGGAAGGAACGAUUCAGCAGCUGAUAAAGGCAUCAAGAGAGAUUCCAAAGUAGUUUUCGUUUUGUCCCAACUGCCCGUCUUCCCGCCGUCAGUGUGGCAGCAUUUAGAACCUUCCACGGAAGACGCCGCAGAAAUUACAAUGGUCAGCGAAGAAAUAAAGUAUCACUGUACGAAAUAUACGUUCCUUAGCAAUAAACAAAUUAAUAAACUUACAUUACAAUAAAAGCGAGUGAUGUCCUUUAAUCUGUGAUUCCGUUCCGAUGCUUUUUUAAGGUUAUUUAAAUAUUAUAUACAUAUUUUUAAAUUGGUAA